AUGGAUUCAGAUAAGGUAGAAAGCGAGUCUUAUAAAGAGAAAUUUAAAGAAAAAAAUGAUUUUUUUAAUAAUUUACUUCAGCCGAAAACUGAAACUAGUUCACUUGUAGAAGAUACUGAAGAAGAAAUACAAAUUAAUAAGUUUUUAGAUUUCAUAAAAGUUUCUUGUAAAGUAAAUAAUGUUGUAUCUAUACAAACUAAUCAACAAAGACAUUUGACGUGUAAUACAUCAGAAAAUUAUCACUCAGAUCUCCCGAAAGAUGAACUGAAUUUUGAAAAAAUGGUGGAUAAAGAGAUCUUUGAAGGCAUUUUAGGGCAAAGAUUUGAAAAUAAAAUAAUGAAACCAAAUAUUAUACAAGAUAGCGAAGUCUCCAUGAGCGGAAUUGAUGAUAACAAACUUUCCCAAAGGCGAAGUACUGUUGGAUUGGCUAUUGGAUCAUUUUCUCGGCGUAGUUUCAAGAAAUUGGAUAGCGGAUUAAAAAAGGAAGAAAGUGUGCAAACAAAACUAUAUAAGAAAUUAGACUAUGUUAUUAAUGAAGGAAUGGCGGACUCUGUUCUAUCAUUUAUUUGCCCAAUACCAGUACCAGCUUCUUUUCCUAAUCAAUUAAAACAUAAACAAACAAAUAAAAAGGAAUCUAUUAAUGCUAGACAAAUUCUUUUGGAGAAUACAGAUUCUGUAAAAGUGAAUAAUAACGGAAAAAUUAAUGAAAUUGAAAAUGUUAAUGACAGAAAGGGUUUAAAUUGUGAAACUUAUCCGAACGACGCAAAGCCAAUGAGAAAGUUAAAAAAUACAGGAGAUACUAAAGAACCUGAGAUUGUUAUCCAUGUAUGCGAUGAGGUAAAAAAUACUACAAGAGAUUUUAGCUGCUCACAACGGUUAUUGGUGAAUAAAAUGGGAUACUUCGCAGAGGUAACAGCUGGACAAAAGCUCGACGAAAUGGACAUUUCGGUGCAUUGCGAUAUACAAAUAUUCGAUUGGUUAAUAAAAUGGAUGAAAUUAACGGAUUUCGUUGAAUCAUCAGGUUGUAAGAAACCCACAAUUGAAGGCUCAGAGGAUAUGCCACGAUUGGAUGCUAACAAUGUAAUUCCUAUAUUGGUAUCUGCCGGAUUUUUGCAAAUGGAGCCUCUAAUGGUUGAAUGCCUAUCGUUUUGUCAUGCUCGGUUGUGUGAUGUAGUACGUUGUUCUUUAAAUCUCUCCUGUUUGAAUGAUUCAAUAAUUACACGGUUAGCUGCUAUGUUUACCAAUUUGGAAUUGGAAAUGGUGCGAGACAAAAAAGAACGUUUAGUACCCCGUUUGUGGAUAAAGCUUAUUCAAAGCCUUUGUGAGCCUGAGCCAGAGGCACUGCGAGGGCACUCCUAUAGUUUAGCUGGGUUGUUUCGAUGUUCAAGAUGUGGUGAACAUCUUACAAACACAAUUAAAUCUUACAUUCCCUGUCAACCUAACAACACACGAUUAACCCGAUGGGGUCAACUGACGAGUUGUCACGUGCGCGACAACCUGUGGAACAUGAAUAACUUUAUUGCGCAAAUAUAUAAAGAGCAUCGGUCAUGGCGUAAGGUUUACUGGAAACUUUGGGGUCAUUGUCAUUUUUUAUAUUGUUGCAUUUGCGAAUCACAUUUCCCAGUUUACAAGAUGGCGUGGUGUCGUUUUCAUCCUUUGAGUCCAAAUUAUAUGGAAUCAAUUACUGAUGAUUUUUUAGCCGGACCAGUCGGUCGUUAUCCGUGUUGUGGACAAAAAGCAUUUCGUUUUGAGACGUUUCCUGAGACCAAUGGAUGUCAUUUUCGUGAGCAUAGCGUGCUUGCAGAGACUGAUCGAGAGCGCCAGAUUUUGCAAAUAAUCCAAAUUAUAUCUGACAAUUGCAUAGUUUCCGAUCCCCCAAGCGAAAGUUUAAGGAAUCCGGAAAAAAUUCCUCCUUGGGGUGGGGUGCCACUUACUCCUCAACAAUGCCGACAAGGAUUGUUACCUGCUUUGGAUGUAGGAGAACUAUCAUCAAAAUCUAUUCGACAUAUGGACCAUAAUGUUUCAAUCAACUACGAUUCUUGCAGUGACAGCAGUGGCAGCGAAAUAACUUAUAAUAUAGAUGGUCAAAGCAAGAAAAAUAACACAAAAAAUUGUGAAAUCGAUUUUAGCAGUGACGGCUGCGAAUCAGAAAUGGCAGGUUCACAAGCCUUGACUACAAGGAAAUUAAAAAAAAAACUUAGUUUAAAUUCCGGUCGUAAUUGGUUUGGAGAACUAUCUGCUCGUAGUAAUCAAGACCACCAGCGGGAAUAUGAAGAAAAGGCUUUGAAAAACAUUGUAAUUCAAAUAAAUAAAAAUUAUGGAUUGGAUAAGAGCAUUCUUCCAUGUGGGUCGGUUGGGGGCUUUUAUGUGCGUCUAGAAGCCGAAUGGAAGGAUCAGCUAAAACAUAGAACUUCUUCAAACCCUAUUAGUAGUUCAUCAGCGUCUGCUAUUGGAAAACACAAAUAUAAAUAACCGACUUUAUCUUUAAUUUAUAUUAAAUAUAUUUUCAAUAUGUUAAGAAAUUUAUAAGCAAUUAUCAAACACCUGUAUCAAUUUAAUUUUUUAACUAACAACUAGCAAAACUGAUGAUGUAACCUAUUUUUGUUUCAAGUACUAUGAAUUCUAGAGCACAAUUGAAAGAAAAUCCUAGAAUAUUCGUUAUACUUGCAAAAGAAAAUCACCGAAGCGCAAAUUUAUCGCCAGUCCAACAGUGAAUUAUACAUACAUAUAUAUCCUUUUCUAUAACAAUUUGCAAUAUGCUAUUCCUGGGAAGAUUUUUAUUUCCAACCAAAAACCGAAAUAAAAUAAUAAUAUUUUUACAAUAUUGACUUUCUUACUAUUUUUUGGAUAUGUCCAAGUAGGAGUUCACGCUUAAACGAUGUAAGAUUUUGUUAACAAUGACUGGUGAAAUCCCACAGGACAAAGAAAUCCUUGU